AUGCUUGCUGGUUUCCUCUUCCUGCUCUUCCACACAGACGGGGUGUAUUCUGAAGAUAACUGCAGCUAUCAGGAUGUUUUAAACUACCUGAACUUGACCAAAAACAAUGAGCAGUACUUCAUGACCCGGCCUGUAAGAAACUACAAACACCCCACACGGGUUAACCUAGAAGUUCUGCUCUAUGCCAUUCUUGACGUGAUUGAGAAAGACCAAAAAUUCAUUCCUUACAUUUGGACAGACAUGUGGUGGCACAAUGAAUAUAUUUCCUGGGAUCCAAAUCAAUUUUGUGGAAUUGAUAAUGUUUCUCUUCCCACUGAGAUACUGUGGAAGCCAGAUCUUACUAUUGAAGAAAUGAUAGAGCGGGACAAAGCACCUCUGAGUCCUUAUCUCACUAUCAACAACAAAGGUUACGUUGAAGUCCAGAAUGAUCAGGUGCUGGACAGCACCUGCAGGAUGCACAUUUAUAAUUUCCCCUUCGACAUACAGCGCUGCAGCCUCUCCUUCAAGUCUGUCAUACACACUGCCAAGGACAUCCGGCUGCAGCCAAUCGACAACUCUUCAGAGGCCACAGAGUGGACUCGGGAGAUGUUGCUGACCCAGUACGAAUGGCUGUUCAUCAACAUGACAGUCACUUCCAACAACGCCAGCGAUUUACUCGACCAAGACAUCAUCAUUUACACUAUCAGCAUGAGGAGGAGGUCAACACUCUACAUCGUCAACUUCAUAGUACCCGUCCUGUUCUUCUUGUGUCUGGACUUGGCCUCCUUCCUGAUCUCAGACAACGGGGGCGAGAAGCUGAGCUUCAAGGUCACUGUGCUGCUUGCUGUCACUGUGAUGCAGCUUAUUCUGAAUGAAAUCCUGCCUUCCUCGUCAAACAGGAUUCCUCUUAUAGCUGUCUACUGCAUUGGGAUAUUUGGUCUGAUGAUGCUCAGCCUCCUGGAGACGAUUUUCAUCAUGUAUCUGUUAGAGAAAGACUCUGCAUCCCGAGAGAGUGAGACAGAUAAAGACCAAAGCCCGAGUGAGGACUGUAACAAACAGGGCAAUGCCAACUUCCUCAAAUGUCACGGAGAGCUGCACAAACGGACUCAGUGUGUGUGUAUCUAUGAUGGUGAUGGUGGACCUUCGUCUGAACUGCUGUCCGUGGCCAAAGAGAACAGCAGCAAGCUGGUGGAGGAGUCCCACGCCUUGGAGAAGGUUUCAGACGAGCUGAAGGAGAUGGAGAAAACACUGACUCUGCUCCUCAACAGCAGGAAGGACGAGUUCAAGCCCGGCUACUGGACCAGAGUGGCUAAAAGAGUCAACAGAGCUUUCUUUAUUUUCUAUGUCACAGUGGUCAGUGUGUUUUUAGCUUACAUCUUUUUAAAAUGGAACAAUGCAUAGAAGAAAUUCAUAAAAGAUAAAUGAGUAACUAGACUCAGAGAUAAUCAUUUAUGAUAAUAAUUUAAUUACUUUUAUUUCUCCUGUCGUGUUUUCAAGUUAAUAUGUACCUGGUUUGCAUGUGCUUGCAGGAAACAGCUAGCACAGCCUUGCGCUCUCUCCUCUGACACCUACUUCACUACCUACUCAGCUUUUGUGUAUUAGUACGCUGACUACCAGCAAUCCCUAUAAAACUAUUACAAACUUAAACUGCACUAUAAAAUCACUCAAGUACGGUAACAAAGUGUGUGUGUCAGUCAGCAAACUCUUACCUAGUUAACUCGUUGGCUUAGCUGAGGGACAGGACAAUAAAUGUCCACAGUUGAUUCAAAAGACGGACUUGUACGUAAGUUUCUGCAAACCGUUUCUCUUUUAGGGAUCAGUUUAUACUCCGAUAGAGGGUUGAAUAGAAGUGGGUGGAGUAACAGCUAAUGAGCUGCACAUUAGAUUGUUGAAUGAGCCACCAUACAGACUUCCACAUGGGGAAAACAUGUUAAUGUGAGUUUGCAAACCAGAUAACAAUUGAACAGCAAAUCACGGACAGUAACUUGCUCACAAUGGACAUCAGCUGUUUGCGCUCUGAGCACUUAACGGCGGUUUUCUUUUUCAUAUCUUGCUCUGCGGGAAGAGGCAUACAUAAAAUGAUGUGCUCAUAAAAGCCUUG